AGCGCUGUGUGCCCUUUCCAAAUCCGGUGCCUGUCGGAGAAACGAUGGGUAAGCCACGUGGUCUGCGCACUGCCCGCAAGCACGUCAAGCACCGUCGUGUCCAGCGAUGGGCCGACAACGACUACAAGAAGGCCAACCUGGGAACGCGCUGGAAGGCUAACCCUUUCGGAGGUGCCUCUCAUGCCAAGGGCAUUGUCCUUGAGAAGGUCGGCGUGGAGGCCAAGCAGCCGAACUCGGCCAUCCGUAAGUGUGUGCGCGUGCAGCUGAUCAAGAACGGCAAGAAGAUCACGGCGUUCGUGCCCCGUGACGGCUGCCUUAACUACGUGGAGGAGAACGACGAGGUGCUGGUGGCCGGCUUCGGUCGGAAGGGCCACGCCGUCGGCGAUAUCCCCGGUGUCCGUUUCAAGAUUGUUAAGGUAGCCAACGUAUCCUUGCUCGCCCUGUACAAGGAGAAGAAGGAGAGGCCGAGGUCGUAAUCCAAUACAUCAUGUGACAUGAA